AUGUCCGUGUCUAGAUCACCCUCUCCCCACCCGGGAGCUGGGUGGUCCACCCCGGGCCUCACCCCGGGCAGCGGCAGUUCAACUCCGCGCAGUGGUCUCCUGACUCCGAGUUCUUUAGGGCCUGGUGGAAUCUCAUGGGCUGCUGCAAAGGCGAAAAGCGAUGAGGUUCGAAAAUAUCCGUCGUUUUCUACAAAGAACAAUGGCUUCUUUUCGCGAUCGAAAAGUCAAUUGUACGCCACCUUGCCUCGUUUUCGAAAGAAUAUUGGUACAUCAGAGGGUUACGUGGACAAGGAUGAGUAUUAUGAACGUGGCCGAAGUUUUUCGUCCAGUACUCAUUGGCGCUCUUUUCGGUAUGGUAGAGCACUGCUGCGCCGCCGGAGAUCACGGUUCUUCCUGGCGCUGAUUUUCGUCGUUGUUGGGUACAUGUACUUCCGGACGUUUCUCGUGGAGCAUUAUCGGCGGUCGCCAUUGGGACGAGGUCGCAAAUUCGUGGUGAUCCUGGAGUCCAACGUCGAAGGUGGCGUCAUGGAAUGGAAGGGAGCCAGUGAGUGGGCCGUCGAGCGCAACAGCAUUUGGAAUAAGAAGAGGUACACGAAACAUUGGGGAUAUGAGUUGGAGGUUGUCAACAUGCUGGCGAAGAAGCGUUAUUCGCAUGAGUGGCGCGAAAGCUGGGAAAAGGUCGAUUUGCUCCGCGAAACUAUGCGGAAGUACCCUGACGCCGAAUGGUUCUGGUGGUUAGAUAUCCACACAUGGAUUAUGGAAUAUUCAUAUUCUCUGCCCGCCCAUAUAUUCAAUAGGCUCGGUGAGAUUGCCUACCGCGACAUCAAUCAGCAUAAUCCUUUAAACAUCACCCAUCCACCAACGGCAGCAUAUCUUGACGACAUUUCCCGUUCACCUGACGGAGAUCAGGACCCUUCCUCGAUCCAUUUCCUGCUCUCGCAAGACUGCGGCGGCUUCAACCUGGGCUCUUUCUUUAUCCGACGCUCGCAGUGGUCUGACCGGUUACUGGAUGCCUGGUGGGAUCCCGUCAUGUACGAACAGAGCCACAUGGAAUGGGAGCACAAAGAGCAGGAUGCGUUGGAGUAUCUGUACACCACCCAACCGUGGGUCCGCAGCAGGGUCGGAUUCCUGCCCCAGCGGUACAUAAAUUCAUUUCCUCCAGGAGCAUGUGGUGAUGGAGAUGACCCGGACGUGCAUUACGUGGAAGGUGGAGGGGAUUUCCUUGUUAAUAUGGCCGGCUGUGAAUUCGGUCGCGACUGCUGGGCGGAGAUGUAUCAGUACCGGGCAUAUAGCGACUGGCUCAAUCGUACCUGGUGGGAGCGCAUACGUAACUCUAUAAGGGAACUGUAUACGCGGGUGACUGGACAGACCGGGGGAUAG